UUUCAGUCGCUUAAUUGUGUUGCAGGUGAUUGGGCAUAGCGUAAAACUACGCUAAUUAAAAAAUUAGAAAAAAAUGGAAGUCAAUAUUGGUAUGAGAACAAAAAUUCGAUUGGGUGGAAGAUUUAUUACCAACAAAAUCCGGCAAUUUCAAUCCGACACCCGAGAAACGUGCACAGCCAGUACGGCAUAUGGUUCAGUCAAAGGCCUUAAACGUUUGAAUGUCUACAAAGAACAUGGCUAUUAUUUCAGUUUUGAGGGAAUACCAUUUGCCAAACCUCCGAUAAAUGAAUUGCGAUUUCGAGCACCCCAACCCCCCGAACCCUGGCAGGGGGUGCUUGAUUGUACCAAAGGCAAAGCGAAACCUAUUCAAUAUAAUUUUUUAGCCAAAUGGAUUGAGGGUUCAGAGGAUUGUUUGUAUUUAAAUGUCUAUUGUAAGAAGCUGGAAAGUGACAAACCAUUGCCGGUAAUGGUUUGGAUUUAUGGUGGUGGCUAUCAGGUGGGAGAAGCCUCAAGAGACUUGUAUUCGCCAGAUUAUUUUAUGCAAAAAGAUGUUAUUGUGGUUACAUUUAACUACCGAUUGGGUGUAUUAGGUUUCCUCUGUUUGGAUGAUCCGGAGCUGAAUAUCCCCGGUAAUGCCGGGUUAAAAGAUCAAGUCAUGGCUUUGAAAUGGGUCAAAGAAAACAUACACAAUUUCAAUGGAGAUCCCGAAAAUAUUACAGUUUUUGGUGAAAGUGCCGGUGCGGGGUCGACACAAUUUAUGAUGAUGACGCCACAGACGAAGGGUCUCUUUCACAAGGCAAUUAUGCAAUCUGGUUCGGUACUGUGUCCUUGGUCAUUUACAGAGCAUCAUGAUUGGGGUUAUAAAUUUGCCUGCUACAUUGGCUAUGAGGGAGAAAAUAACGACCGACAAGUUUAUGAGUUCCUGCAACAGCAAAAUGCCAAGAAGUUGGCCUUUAAGGAUUUAGAUAUGAUGACCAAAGAGGAAAUAUGGAAUAAUUUAAUUGUUCUCAUACGCCCGGUUAUAGAGCCAUAUCAAACUGAGCAAUGUGUGGUGGAUAAGCCCUUGAAGGAAUUCUUAGCCACAGGUUGGGGUAAUGAAAUACCCUUGCUAAUUGGUGGCAACUCAUUUGAAGGACUAUUGCAUUUUGCCACUGUCCAGAAAUAUCCAUUUUUAUACCCUACAACACUAUGUGUUGGGGGUAUUAUAAGUUUGAUUGGGCCAGAAUUUAUGUAACACCUCGAAAUAUUGGUUUCCC